GAGGGAAGUAUGUAAACAAACUGCUACGUCCGUUUGAAAACGGGAAAAUAACUGGAAAAACUUAACUAAACACUCCAGAGGAUCGAUCCGUGUUUUUUACCUUUUCACUACAGGUGUGCUGUGUUCUGUGGAUUGUCGUUUCGCUCUCGUGCAGAGAUUGUAUGACAGUUAGUUUGCCUUGUUCAGUUGUUGAGGAGAGUUUAUCGGUCCGUGUCCGCCAUAGGAUCCGUGCUGGUUUGCCAUGCCUCAAAGACAGGACGGGGAUCCACCCUUGCCGUUGGUUCGGUCUCUGAUGAGCCGGCUACCCGUCCACGUCUUGUUCUGUAACCGAAGUUCGCGGGUCGUGAGACCGGUAUGGAUCAAUUAUCGCGGACAGCCGCAUCCUUACCAAAACAUACAGCCGUGGAGAGCACUAAGAAUGACUACGUUCGUGGGUCAUCCGUGGAUGUUUCGUGAUGCGGAGACCGAUGAGCCAAUGAUUGUGAAUAGUAAAGAGAUGUUCCUGCCAAGACCAGCGGAAAACGCUCAGCAGCCCUCAGAAGUCAACAUCACAAUCCCCAUGAUGACCCUUCGGGAGCGCUGUCUGCAGGUCGUGCGGGCACUGGUGCGUCAUGAAGAUUACUCCAAGUUAGAGAUCGCUCGCUGUCUGCAGGAAGACCUGGCAAAAACACCCGACAUCCAGGUAGACCUCCAGCGCAUCAGCCACAGAGUGGAACAGAGACUACUGGAGAACAGACAACAACAAAGCACAUGAGCAACUCUGUGUGUGUGUGUGUGUGUGUGAGAGAGAGAGAGAGAGAGAGAGAGAGAGAGAAGUAGUAUGAAUGGAUAGCUGUGAGUCAGUUAUCAUGACUGUUUGCUUGAUGUAAAAAAAAAAAAGUACACAACAUUUAUAUAACUCUAUAUUCAAAUAAUUACUGUUAUAGGAAAACAAAAUAUAAAGUUUUCUAAUGUAAAUACUCCAUUUCUGUGGCCAAAAAAAACCCCAAUAAAUAUAAAACAUUAGUACAAAUCACUCAUGUUGUCUUUUCUAAGAGAGGGAAUGGACUUAGAGUGCUCUGUCUUCUGUUAUGUCCCCCACUUUUAACAUGUAUCCACGGCAACAGUUGCAAAGGCAGACUGUGUGUGUGUGUGUGUAAAUUUGCUAUGUUUUAUGACUGUGUAUAAUUUCAUGUUUGAUAUUGCCAUAAACCAUAAGAAACAUCUGUGUUUAGGAGACCUUUGCA